ACUGGACAAGUAAAUACUCGAUGUCUGGCUAAAUACUCGACGAGUUUUAAGCCUAACAUCGAGUUUGUUUCUGUUCAGUGCUGCAUAAACUCGAUGAUGGGUUAAUAUUCGACGAGUUUAAACCUAACAUCGAGUUUAUGCUAGUCCAGUUAUGCCAAACUCGAUUUCAGGCUUUGUUUUCGUCGAGUAUUUAGACCCACCUCGAUUUAUUUUGAAAAUUACUGCAAUUGAAAAUUAAACCUCCCACUUUUCUUUAGAAACCUAGAAUCAAAACAAGUGAAAAAAAAAUUUCUCUAAAUCUUCCCCAUUCCACAACCCGAAACCUAGCCUCUAAAUUCAUCAAAUUGCUAUCAUAAUCUUAUCAAAUCAUUAACCAAAAUGAUGGCAUCAACAAAGGGACGAGCUAAAAGAGUUGCUUCAAAAGGGAAAUCAUCAAGUUCAACUAUGCCUCCGAAAUUUGUUACAAGAGAAGAUUUGUCCUCAAAUUAUGAUUGCCCAUUUCCAAUUUUCUCCGACGAAGAAGGUAUUCGUUACGAAACUAUUUCACGCAAGCCUAUUGUUAUACCUAGAUAUUUUGAUUAUGCUUUGUUGACUAGGAUGGGUUUGAAAUCAAAAAUUGAUGAAAUAGUUGGUAGAAUGGGUUUAAAUUUUAUUGCACAUGGUAAGUAUCAAGUUUAUAAAGAGUUAACUAGAGAAUUUUAUACCACCUUGAAUUAUGCCUCUAAGAAUGAAAAAGCAAUUUCUUUUAGAAUAAAAGGGGUUGAUUAUAGCAUAGGGUAUGAUUUUAUGAAUCAGAAAUUGAAGUUGCCUAAAGGUGGCAUUAGAGGUUGUCCUUCAAAUUUUGAUGUUAAUAGAGUAUGGAAGCAAUUGACCGGUGAAGACUCGGUCGAUUUACAACAAGCUCCUAAUGGACUCAUAAUUGAACCAUCAUAUCUUAUAUUUCAUAAGUUCCUUUGUCAUUCUAUAUGUGGUAAAAAGGAGUCGAAUAGAGUAACGAAGGAUGAUUUACUAGUACUUGACUAUUUAGUGCGACGUUCGGCAAAAAGUGUUGAUUUCAUACACUUAAUUUUUAAAAGCAUGAUGACCAUGGCAACAUCAUCUAAAGUUGCACUUGGAAAUGGUCAUUUAGUAACUUGUAUAGCAUUGCUUCAUAGUGCUAUUGAUGAGGAUGAUUUGCAUAAGAUGGAAUGUUUGGGGGAUGCGUAUCUUAAUGAAACUAUGCUCCGUAAAGCCGACAUUCUUGAUAUGGAUGGAGAAUUGAUGAAUGUAAAGGACCGAAAUUGUUAUUUAAUUAAAACUGGCCAGCCGAGAAGAGGAAAGGGAAGAAAAGCAGAAAUAGAAGAUGACUGUGACGAAGAUGAGGAUAAUGUAAGUAGAGAACUGGAAACCGAGAAUGGUCAAGGUGAGGUGGUGAGGGAUGAUGUCGGUAUAGAUCAACCAAGAGAGGAGGAAGUGAGGCGACCAAGAAAGCCGAAGCGAAGGGGAGCUUUUGAAGAGGAAGUACUUUCUUUGUUAAAUGAAACAAAGUCCAGGUUGACUAAUAUUGAAACAUCUAUCGAAGAGAUUAAAAGAGAACAACGAAGGUCACAUCGCCGAUGGAAGGCUUGUUUCGGCACCUUGGGAGCACAUGAUCCUUCACCUCCACAUACACCGGAGAGUUAAGAUAAGAUGGGUGGCUGAUUGCAUAGUUGGUUCUAAAUAUCUAAUUCUGGAUACGCUGUUUUGGAGACUUGGAGGUGCAGUUUUGAAGACGUGGAGCAGAUGUAUAUGCAUAGCUGUUGAUUAUGGAUUUAGUAUUUUGAAUUUGGAGGUUUAUGUAUUUGAACAUAAGUAGGUUUAAUUGUGAUAAACUCAUGUGUUAUUAGUAGGUCUGAAAUGUUAUUACCAAGUAUGUAAUUAAUUUGAAUAUUUAUGAAUUACAAAUAUGUAAUUAAUUUGUUA